AUGCUAUCUGGGGAGUCGGCAGGAGGGGCAUUCCCUAUACAAGCUGUGACUAUUAUGAGAAGGAUCUGCGAGGAGGCUGAGACCUGUAUUGACUACGAGACUUUGUUCCAGAGAAUACGUGAGACUGUUAUGAAUCAAAGCCAAGGGGGAUUGGCCAUACCAGAAGCUGUAUGUUCAUCUGCAGUGAAGGCUUGUAUUGAAUGCAACGCUAAGCUCAUCGUUGCACUAACUGAGACGGGGUCUACGGCAAAGUUGUUGGCGAAGUAUCGUCCGUAUCCACCAAUACUGGCCCUGUCUGCAUCUGAGUCUACCGUCAAGCAUUUGCAGCUAUAUAGAGGGAUAGUAGCCUUACAAGUGCCGUCUUUUCAAGGCACUGAUCAUGUCAUAAGGAAUGCCCUUGAUCACGCUAAGCAGAUGGGCCUAUGUUCGAUUGGUGAUAAGAUAGUCGCUGUGCAUGGUGUAAAGGAGGAGGUGAGCGGAUCUAGUAAUCUGAUGAAGGUCCUCGAGGUCGACUAG